AUGCUGAGCCUUUCUCCACUUACUUUCCCUCCAAAGCCCUUAUCUAUAAUCCCAAAAUCAAGCUUCUCCGGCAUCCAAAUCCGCCACAAAUGUCCCAUUUCAGUUUUUCCAGCCUCCAUCAAGAUGACGCGGCCUUCCGCAGUAAUGAUGGCGAAGAGAGAAGAAGAAUUGAAGGAAAUAAGAGCUAAGACUACCGAGGAAAUUAAUGAAGAGGUUGUUGAUCUUAAAGGAGAACUCUUGAUGCUUCGGCUUCAGAGAUCUGCACGGAACGAGUUCAAGUCCAGUGACUUUCGCUGCAUGCGCAAAAGGAUUGCUCGCAUGCUUACUGUUAAGCGGGAGAGAGAGAUCGAGGAGGGGGUUGGCAAGAGGCUGUCAAGAAAGCUGGACAGGCAAUGGAAGAGAAGCAUUGUUGUUAGACCACCUCCCUCUCUGAAGAAAUUGCAAGAGGAAGAGGCAGCUGAAGAAGCGGAAAAAUCUGCUUGA